CUUACUUAAGAAGGUGAGCAUUGUUCCGCUAAUCUAGACGGAGAGAAGGCUGUCACUGGCGAAACAUUCCAAGGGUUUGUCUGGGCUCUAAUUAUCAUGUAAUAAGCUUCGAUUUGUCGCCUAGCUGCUGCCUCCUUCCUGUAGUAUGAGUACGAGAGAAGAAGCCAGCAUGGUUGGGGGGAACGGUUCGGCUUCCAAUAUGACGGACGAUGCUACUUUUGUGAACUCUGGUGAAGACUACAUACUUACAUUUCUCAUGAUUGUGACCAUAGCAGUAACGAUAGUCGGCAAUAUUUUCGUGGUCCAGGCCAUCCUCACAUACAAACCUUUACGCAACGUGCAAAACUUGUUUUUGAUUUCUCUAGCGGUGGCAGAUUUGGCCGUGGCUAUCAUAGUCAUGCCCCUACACAUCGCCAACAAACUGCAAGGGAACUGGACUUUUGGUGGACCUUUGUGUAACUUCUGGGUCACCUGUGACGUAUUAUUGUGCACCGCGUCGAUCUUGAACCUCUGUGUUAUUGCAUUAGACAGGUACUUCGCCAUUCACGACCCUCUUAGUUACGCUCAGAAACGCACAAUUACACGCGUUUUGCUCAUGAUAGUGGCAGCCUGGGUAGCCAGUUCCAUCAUCAGCGUGCCACCUCUAUUCGGGUGGAUAGACAGUCCAGAGAAUAGUUUAUACAAAGAAAAGACGAAGCAGUGCAGCUUAACCGCCGAAAGAGGAUAUAUAAUAUACUCCUCCUUCGGAUCAUUUUUCAUUCCCCUCACCAUUAUGACUUUUGUUUACAUUAAAAUUUUCUUUGCGACCAGGGAGCGGCUACGAAAAAGGGCCAAAGCAUCAGCUGCUUCCAAGAUGGCGCUUUUAAAGACCAGAUCCCCACCAUCUCCGAAUCUAACGGUGGAGCAGCUAUCCGAAGACAGCAAUGAAAACAAUGAGAACCACAACCGAGAGUUUAGCUACAAUGCAACGCCAAACCACUCAGCCCUGCUUCUAAACGAAAGAAUAACCGAAAAUGCCAACACCAUGCAAAACUUUUUUGACCAAAGGCAAAAGAUAUCUUUGUCAAAAGAGCGAAAAGCUGCAAGAACGCUUGGAAUAAUAGUGGGAGCGUUCAUCCUUUGUUGGCUGCCGUUUUUCAUCAUGUAUGUGACUGUUCCCUUUUGUAGCUCUUGCAAUUUGACUCCAGGUGUGGAGCUGGGGAUGACAUUUCUCGGAUACGUGAAUUCAGCUCUCAAUCCCGUCAUAUAUACCGUGUUCAAUGUUGACUUUAGAAAAGCAUUUACAUAUUUAGUUGGGAAGCACAUCAAAUGCCAGAGGAACUCACGAAAUGCAAAUUUGCAUCGAAAUGUGGUAAAUAUGAGAAGUUAGAUGAAAUUUAUUUAAUACGUUACUAAAAGAUAUAUUAUGAAAGCGGAAUAUCGAACAUGUAAAAUAUUUUAAUUAGAAUAUCUGAAUCUCUCUUUCUUAUUUUGAUGUAUUUGUUUAUGGAGAAAUAUACCUCAAAUAUUAUGAAAUGCAUAAAUCAAUGUGACGCAAGUAAACACAUUAUAUUUGUAAUAAAAUUUAGUAAUAAUAAUUAAUGCAUCGACUCUCACAUUCGUUAUUUUAUUGUUUGUAUUAUUUUUACCAUGACCAAGUAUCAAAUGUAUUUUAGUACUUAUUUAUUUGAAGAAAAAAACCCAUUCAAAUAUUUAUAAUAUCCCAUUUUAGCAUAACACGUAACCGAGGUCUUUAAUGGAAAUCUUAAAAUUACCAAUCGGUGUACAUUGCCCUGGGCACUCUCUGCAUUAUAUUGUCAAGGAAGAAAAAUAACGAGGCGAUAAAAUUGAGGACAUG